AUGGGCAAAUUGGAGAGAAAUAUUGCACUAGUAACGGGAGCUGGCAGUGGCUUCGGUGCCGCCAUCGCAGAGAAAUUCGCUGCGGAGGGUGCCGUCGUGCUGGUAGGCGACAUCAACCAGACCAGCGGGGAAGCCGUCGCAGUAAAGCUCCAUGGUGCUACCUUUGUAAAGCUUGAUGUCACAUCACAUGCCGACUGGAAGGCUGCGCUCCCGCUCGCCAAACCCUCCGUAGACGUAACGGAUGACGAAUUCGACACGCUGCUGAACGUCAACAUCAAGAGCGUGUACCUCUCCGUCUCCGAGAUCAUGCCGUACUUCGUAGGGCGGGGCUCGGGCGCCUCCGUUAACACCUCGUAUAUGGACCGCAUCACGCAAGGCCUUGCAUCUGAGUAUGACACUAAGGGCGUGCGGAUCAACCCCGUGUGCCCACUGCGUGCACCCACCGGUUUGCUGGAGAAGUUCAGUGGUGUGCUAGAUACGCCGGAGAAACGAGAGCGGUUCGGGAAGAGCGUGCCGCUUGGGAGAAUGACCGAACCCAUGGACGUUGCAAAGGUGGUUGCAUUCCCGGCUUCUGACGAAAAAUCAGGAUUUAUCACGGGCGUCUGGUAGGUUCCACUGGGUUCCAUUCAUGGCUUGUCGUCCGCUGGUUUAGAGCUCCGCAUAGUGUUGCAGUAUGUAGACGGAGUGAGGUUGUGCAUGUAAGAAGCAACACUUUGUGCUGGCGAGAUCUGUGAGUGCGCAAUACCAGUAUGGAGUUGAGGGCGUUGUGCGUGUUUUGGUAGCCCAAGCCACUAGGCCCUUAUAAAUUAGUUGUCGACGUGGAGUCUCCAGAUCGUAGUGCCGGAGAAGCAUGCAGUCGAAUAUGCAGAGCGAUGUUAAAACUUGACUAAGAAUGGCGGUCAAUCCGUGAAUGGUGGAAUGGAGGGCUGCGAUUUUGUUCAACCGUCUCCGCAUUCGACCUCAGUAGAUUGUGGCUGUUACACAUGC